GCUGCAACGGGGCGGCGGUAGCAGCAGCAGCGGGAGCAGUCUGGAGGCCGGCGUCGAGGAUUGCUGCUGUCUCUGCUGCUCCAGCCUCUCCAUCGAGGUCCUCUCCCCUCUCCCCUCUCAAGAUGGCAGCCAACAGUUCUGAGAGCUCGGAGAUGAAGGGUAUAGAAGAGGGUCCCCAAACCCAAAGAGAAGGGCCUGGCCAUUCUGAAGGCGAAACUAGCCCUCUCCAGGCCCCAGCUGGGGUCCCAGAUGAGCCAGAGGCCCUGCAGCCAGGCCCAGACAUCACCGGGGCCCCUGUGGACUCAGAAGCCAAAGCUGGGCUGGCUCCAGAAACCACAGAGACCCCAGCUGGGGCCCCAGAAACAGCCCAGGCCAAAGACCUCAGCUCGAGCCUAGGAGGGGAGCCAAAUGCCAACCCCAGCCCCGAAGAAGCAUGCCAAGAGCCAGCACCCAAACCAGAAGGGAAUAAAGAGGUCACUGCAGACCAGGGGUCCGAUCUGGGGUCCGGAGCCCCACCUGAGCCAGCCUCGGAGCCUGCUCCCCAGUCGGACCCACAGUCAGACCUUCAGCCAGACUGCCAGCCAGGUUCCCAGCCCACCCCCAAGUCAGCUCUUCAGCCAGAGCCCCCUACCCAGGAGGACCCCACCUCUGAGGUCCUGACUGAGAACGUGGGGGAAAAACAGGAGAAUGGGGCAGUGGUUCCCCUGCAGGCUGGUGGUGGGGAAGAGGGCCCAGCCCCGCAGCCUCACUCGCCACCCUCAACCAAAACCCACCCAGCCAACGGGGCUCCUCCCCGAGUGCUACAGCAGCUGGUGGAGGAGGACCGACUAGGAAGGGCUCACAGUGGGCAUCCCGGAUCUCCCCGAGGUAGCCUGAGCCGCCACCCCAGCUCCCAGCUGGCAGGGUCUGGGGUGGAGGGGGGUGAAGGCACCCAGAAACCUCGGGACUACAUCAUCCUCGCCAUCUUGUCCUGCUUCUGCCCCAUGUGGCCUGUCAACAUAGUGGCCUUCGCUUAUGCUGUUAUGUCCCGGAACAGCCUGCAGCAGGGGGACGUGGAUGGGGCCCAGCGUCUGGGCCGCGUGGCCAAGCUCUUAAGCAUCGUGGCGCUGGUAGGGGGGGUCCUCAUCAUCAUCGCCUCCUGCGUCAUCAACUUAGGCGUGUAUAAGUGAGGGGCUCUGCCCGCAUUCCAAGACUUUUCUUCCUGUUGGGAGCUGUCUUGGGCCCAUCCUCCCCUGGGGGGAGCCCAAUGGAUGGCCCAGGCCCGCACCCAUAGGGACCAAGAGAGCCUGAGCGGCCUUGUUUACAGCUUCUUUCCUGCUCCUGCAUCCUGCCAGGCUCCUGUGCCAACCGUAGGCCUCUCUUCUCCCUGCACUGUUUUCCAACCUCCCUGUACUUCUGCCUGCAUCCCCUCCAGCCUAUUGGCCUCCCUAUCCCUGCACUUCUGGAAACCUCCCUGCACUUCUGGAAAUCUCCCUGACCUGAACAUCUCCCAGACUCUCUGCUCUCAGCCUUCCUGCAUCUCUCCCAGCCUCCCUGCACUCCUCCCAACUUCCCCAAUUCCCUGCACCCCAGCCCUGGCGUCCCCCUUUCAACUUUCACUGUCUUGGCAUCUUCCCCCAUUCCUUUCUUCCUUCUCCCCUUUAUCAUCUCCCCUUCCCCCUCCACACCCUCUGCCCCCUUCCUCUUCCUGCCUUCUCUCCCCUCAGCAUCCUUUCCUCCCCUCAGGAUCCUCUCCUCCUCCCUCCCGCCACCGAUUUCUCUGCAAAAACUCCAGUACUUAUUAGAUCAGGCUGGGGGGGGGGGAGCGAUGUCAGGGGAGGGCUCCUCAGCCCGGUUCCAACUAUUUUCUGCUGGGACCACCCAGGUCCUGACGCACCCAGGGCGCCUCUGGGUCGCAGAGCUGGCAAGCCAGGCCUUGUCUGGGGACUUGUGCGGGGUGUCGCGCACGGUGGCUAGCUCUGUUGUGAGCAUGCACCGGGGAGGAGGAAGGGGCGCGGCUGUUGACCCUUUCUGAUUAGCCCGAGCCGACCUGCCCCACUUGGGCUUUUAAACCCGCUCAGCGAGUUUCUUAAAGGCGUCGGGGCUGGGGUCAUUCACGUGCUUUGUAACGAAAGAACCUCGAGAUAGGACCAAAGCUCCCGAAUGCAGGGAGCGAGUGAGGGGCGGGGAACUCUAUAAUUAUUUUCCAAGAGGACGAGGGAGGUUUGUUGCACGCGACAGUCCGCUAGGGAGGCGGGGACUGAGCUACGACGCGGCUC